UACGCGGCCCGAGCCCGACGGGCGGCAUUGCGAAAAAUAUGAGGAUUCGCCCGGGAUGCGUGGCUGCACUAGUAGUGCUACUGCAAGCCGCACUUGUGGCGAGCAAGGCAGUGGAUCAGAAUCAACUGCAAGAACAGAAGUCUCAGCAACAAAUUCCAUAUGGCACAGCGGCACAGAAGAGAUGGGGUGAUGAUUUGGGAGGCCAUGGUGGCGGUUUAGCUACCGGUUACGGUGGAGAUCUAGGUGGUCACGGUGGAGAUCUAGGUGGUCACGGUGGUGAUGCAGGAGAUGGUUUUGGCCAUUCUGGAGGAGGUGGCUUUGGUCACUCUGGCGGUGGUGACAUUGGCGGUGGUUUUGGUCAUUCUGGAGGUGACAUUGGCGGUAGUUUUGGCCAUUCCGGUGGAGGUGACGUUGGUGGUGGUUUUGGUCAUUCUGGAGGAGGUGGUGGCGAUGGAGGCAAUGGAGCGCUCGAAGAACACCAUGACGAUCAUCACCAUCAUCACCACGAUCAUGGCUAUUGGAAGAAGAAACUGAUUUGGAAACCAGGAUGGAAGAAAAUCUGGAAACCAGCAAAGAAACAAAUCUGGAAGCCCGCGUGGAAGAAAAUUUGGAAACCCGUGUGGGUACCAACGCAGAAGGCAGUAUGGAAAGACAUUCAGGUGCCAGCUUGGAAAAAGAUUUGGAAGCCUGUGUGGAAGGAAAUACAGGUCCCAGUGUGGAAGGACAUUCAGGUACCAGCCUGGAAAAAGAUUUGGAAACCCGUUUGGAAACCUAUAAAGGUGCCAGCCUGGAAGGAAAUUCAGGUGCCCGCGUGGAAAAAGAUCUGGAAACCGGUUUGGAAGGAGAUUCAAGUACCAGCGUGGAAGGAGAUUCAGGUACCAGCCUGGAAAAAAAUCUGGAUCCCUGAAUGGGUGAAAAUCGGCAUUCCUGGUGAGCACUUCCACGGAACCGAUAACCAUGGAUGGCAGUACACUAGUCACGAUCUCUGGAAGAAGAAACUGAUAUGGAAACCACUAUGGAAAAAGUAUUGGAAACCAGCGAAAAAACAGAUCUGGGUACCAGACAAGAAGCUGGAGUGGGUGGAAGCCUGGAAGCAAAUCUGGAAGCCGGCCAAAAAGCAAAUUUGGGUGGAUGACAAGAAGCUUAUUUGGAAGGAAGAAUGGAAGCAGAUUUGGAAACCAUCCAAGAAACUUAUUUGGGUGCCUGAUAAGAAGCUGGAAUGGAAGGAGGCCUGGAAACAGAUUUGGAAGGCUGAUAAGAAACUUGAGUGGGUACCUGAUAAGAAAUUAGCUUGGAAAGAGGCUUGGAAACAGAUUUGGGUACCAGCUUGGAAGGAAAUUUGGGUUCCGGCAUGGAAGAAGAUUUGGAAACCAGUUUGGAUAUCGGAAUGGUUCCCUGCGGACGACCACCAUCCCCAUCACCAUGGUUGGGAAGACCGAAAAGAUACAGAGACUCAAAGUUCUCAGAUAGUUCCUUAUAGUUCUGAUGCUGCUUCAAAGCAGAACGCUCAGGCUCAACAACAGCAACAUCGAAUCGACGAGAACAAGGUUAGAUGGGAUAGAUCUUCGAAGACUGAAGCUCCAUCGAUCAGUCAGGACCUGGUUCCACCACCAGCAUCGAAAAAUCAAAGCGGUCAGACAGUCAACUUUGGGUUUACCAAUCACUGAUCGAGCA